CGGGAUUGUAGUCCUGCAGUCCUGCAACCUAGGGACUGCGAGCGGUUAAGAGACUACAACUCUCAGCAUGUCUAGCGAGGCGCGCACCGCCGUGUCCCCAGGGCUUCGCACCGCCUCCAGACUUGCGCAUGCUGGGAUUGUAAUACUGUCGCCUUGCCACCAACGGGCUACGAGCGGUUAAGAGACUACAGCUCCCAGGAUGUACGGUGAUGGCACCCGUUUGGACUCCGCCCCUCUGCGCGUCUAGAACUGUUCUCCCAUGCGAAGAGGAUCCUGCCUGUUCCCAAAUCUCGCCUGCCUGCGGGGAGCCAGCGUGCAGCUGAUCUCAACCUGUGAUUGUGACGUCACCCCUACCUGAAGAAGCCUCUUCCAGCCUGCUCAAGGUUGCCGUGGUUAGGUUUACCCUCCCUUCCUGCCCUCACCCCGUCCUUUCCCUCAUCCCUGCCCCUUCCUCUGUCCCACGCGGCUUUCAGAGAUGCAUAGUGCAGCCCCUCCGUAAAGGUGGAACUAAUGGCCCGCUGGGCUAGCAGUUGUCAGGCGUUUUGGGAGCCCAUGAUGGGAGCUCCCUGGUAAGUGAAACCGUCAAUUAACUGCCUAAAAUGACAAUACCCUAUCUCUGGUAUCUUUGCACUUACCUCUUCAAAGCCACCUUUUCCUUUCUGUCUCUCUGGACUGUCACAGAUCCUCCUCUGUACCCCAAGAACACCCCAUUGGAUUUCCAGGCUGGCUGCUUGGCCUACACACCUGGGUCAGACCUCUCGCAGGGAUGCGCCUGCCACUGUAAUAAAGAGGAGAAAACGUCACAGGGGAAAGGACUGACUCCUUCAUACAAUCAGAAUACUCAACUGCACAGAGAAGGGACCCCUUUAAGCCACUUUGGGAGCCACAUCCACCACUCUGUGACUCCCACACAGGCUGGUUCCCAGGAAUCAGGUGUCCUAGUGUUAACACGGGCCAAAAGGACAAAACAGGACCCUAGGUCCUUCCCAAAACAUUAGGAAAGUUUGUGUACUGAGUUUUUCAGAUUAACUAAGUAAUUCAUACUGUACGUUUCUGAAAUUGAAGUACGCACAGCUUCAAUUCUGUGCAGGGAGGAUGCAGCAGGAGAGAAUAUCCUGGGCACAUCUUUCUGGAGAAUCACUUUUACUACAAGAUUUGUAAGAAACAAAUUUAUUUCCAAGGGUUGAAAUGGGUGGGGCCUGGAGCCCUAGCCAAUCACUGGCGCUAGCGUGAAGCUGUCCAAUCAGGUGCGCAGCUACAGAGGAAGAGGCGGCCUCUUCAAUAUGGCGGGGCCUUUGUCUCCUAGCUUCCGGGCUGUGAUCCCAGUUCGCGUCUCCACUGUUACAUCUCCUCCGUUCUUGGAGUUCCUCGGUGACUCUACCAUAGCUUCUGUUAUCCUGUGACCUGCAAGUACUGGGAGAUCCAUAGGGAGGACGGCGGAACAUCUGGAGGCUGGGAAAUGGCACGUGCGCCUUCCCAGAAUGUCUUUGGAUCCUUUGCAGGGUGAUGUGUCCUCAGCCACUCUCCUGUAUUUUCCUGGUCCAGGGAGUGUUGACAUUCAGGGAUGUGGCCAUAGAAUUCUCCCCAGAAGAGUGGGAAUGCCUGGACUCUGCUCAGCAGCGUUUGUAUAGGGAUGUGAUGUUAGAGAACUAUGGAAACCUGGUCUCCUUGGGUCUUGCUAUCUUUAAGCCAGACUUGAUGACCUGUCUGGAGCAAAGAAAAGAGCCCUGGAAAGUGAAGAGACAGGAGGCAGUAGCCAAACACCCAGCUGGCUCUUUUCAUUUUACUGCAGAGAUAUUGCCGGAGCAUGACAUAAAAGAUGCAUUUCGAAAAGUGAUUCUGAGAAAAUAUAGAAGCUGUGACCUUAAUAAUUUACAUUUAAAGAAAGACAACCAAAGUGUGGGUAAUUGCAAGGGGCAGAAAAGCAGUUAUAAUGGCCUUCAUCAAUGUUUGUCAACUACCCAUAGCAAAACCUGUCAAUGUAAUAAAUGUGGCAGAGCUUUUCAGUUGUGCUCAAUCUUCACUGAACAAAAAGACAUUUUUAGCAGAGAGAAAUGCUACAAAUGUGAAGAAUGUGUCAAAGACUGUAGGUUCUCAGAUUUUACUAGACAUAAGAAAAUUCAUACUGCAGAGAGAUGCUACAAAUGUGAAGAAUGUGGCAAAGCCUUUAAAAAGUUUUCAAACCUUACUGAACAUAAGAGAGUUCAUACUGGAGAGAAACCUUACAAAUGUGAAGGAUGUGGCAAAACUUUUACCUGCUCCUCAACCCUUAUGAAGCACAAGAGAAAUCAUACUGGAGACAGACCCUACAAAUGUGAAGAAUGUGGCAAAGCCUUUAAGUGCUUCUCAGACCUUACUAAUCAUAAGAGAAUUCAUACUGGAGAGAAACCCUACAAAUGUGAAGAAUGUAACAAAGCCUAUAGGUGGUUCUCAGACCUUGCUAAACAUAAGAUAAUUCAUACUGGAGACAAACCCUACAAAUGUAAUGAAUGUGGAAAAGCUUUUAAGUGGUUCUCGGCCCUUAGUAAACAUAAGAGAAUUCAUACUGGAGAGAAACCUUACAUCUGUGAAGAAUGUGGCAAAGCCUUUACCCGCUCGUCAACCCUUUUUAACCACAAGAGAAUUCAUAUGGAAGAGAGACCUUACAAAUGUGAAGAAUGUGGCAAAACUUUUAAGUGCUUCUCAGACCUGACUAAUCAUAAGAGAAUUCACACUGGAGAGAAACCCUACAAAUGUGAAGAAUGUGGCAAAGCAUCGAGCUGGUUCUCACACCUCAUCAGACAUAAGAGAAUUCAUACUAGAGAGAAGCUCCACGAGUGUUAAAAAUGUGGAAAAGUCUUUACCAAGUCCUCAUACUGUGUUCAAUAUCUGAAAUUUAAUACUGAACAAAUGCAGUAUAAAUGUAAUGACAGUGGAAGAACAUUUAUCAUCUUAGAGGGUCUCUAAGAACUUACUUUAUAAUCUGGUUGCUUAUAUGUUGGGUGCAUAUAUAGCCCUUUGCUAUUAUGUAAUGCCCUUCUUUUUUUUUUUAAUCUAUGUUAAUUUCAAGUCUGUUUUGUCAGAAACUGGGAUUGCAACUCCUGCUUCUUGUUUUCUAUUUGCUUGGUAGGCUUUUCUUUUUCCCUUUAUUUUGAGCUUAUUUGAGAUGGGUGUCUCGAUUAAAGCAUACCAUUAGAUCUUGAUUCUUUUUUCAGCUUGCCAUCUGUGUUUUAAUUUGGGUAUUUAGCCCAUUUACAUUUAAGGUUAGUAUUCAUAUGUGUGGAUUGGAUUCUGUUAUUAGGAUCUUAGCUGGCUAUUUUGCACAUUUGUUUCUGUGGUUGCUUUAUAGUGUCCGCAGUUUGUAUACUUUAGUGUGCUUUUGUAGUGACUGGUAAGUCUUUUUCUUAUUUAAUGCUUUUUUCAGAAGCUCUUUUAAGACAGAUCCUAUAGUAACAGAUUUUCUCAGCAUUUGCUUAUCUGAAUAGGAUCAUAUAUAUUUUUUGCUUCUGAAGCUUUCCUUGGUCAGAUAUGAAAUUCUGUGUUGGAAUUCUUUUUUUAAGAAUGUUGAAUAUUGGCCCCUAAUCUCUUUUGACUUGUAGGAUUUCAGCUGAAAGAUUCGUUGUUUUUCUCAUGAGCUUCUUUUUAGAAGUGACCUGGCCUUUCUCUCUAGCUGCCUUUAACAUAUUUUUUCUUUCAUUUUGACCUUGGAGAAUCUCAUGAUUAUGUGUCUUGAGGAUGACCUUCUCGUGGGGUAUCUUACUGGGGUUCUCCACAUUUCCUGCAUUUGAAUGUUGGCCUCUCUAGGUUGGGGAAGUUCUCAUGGAUGUUAUCCUGAAAUAUGUAUUUCAAGUUGUUUUCAUUCUUCCCAUCACUUUCAGGCAAUCUCUUGCAUCAUAGAUUUGGUUUCUUUACAUAAUCCCAUAUUUCUUAGAGGUUUUGUUCAUUCCUCUUUAUUCUUUUUUCACUAUUCUUGUCUGUCUGAUUUCAGAAAGCCAGUCUUGAAGCUCUGAGAUUCUUUCCUCUGCUUGGCCUAUUCUGCUGUUAAUAUUUGUGAUUACAUUAUAAAGGUUUUGUAUUGUGUUUUUCAGUUCUAUCAGGUCGGCCACAUUUUUUCUCCAGACUGGCUGUUUUUUCCAUCAGUUCCUGCAAUUUUUUUUUCCUUCCUUUCAUUGGGUUGCAACUUACUUUUGUAACUCAGUGAAGUUUAUUUCUACCCAUAUUCUGAAUUCUACUUCUGUCAUCUUAGGCCUUGCUGGAAACGUAAUUUGGUCAUUCGGAUGAAAGAAGUCCACUCUGGCUUUUUGUGUUUUUAUCUUUGCACUGAUUUUGUCUUAUCUUUGUGGGUAUAUCUUUGAGGUUGCUGACCUUUGAAUGGACUUUUUUUUUUUUUUUUAAUUCUAUUUGAUGGUCUUGAGUAUUUGAUUGUGGUAUAAGAUGGAUGCAGCCAACAGGCUUUGUUCCUGGGAGGUUUUUUGUUUUGUUUUGUUUGGUGGUGGUGGUGGACGGGCAGUGCUCAGCUCACAACCCAGAGUCUGCAUACUCUAACUCUGGGGGACUUGUUUUGAGCCCCAGCUGUGUUCUCUGGCUCCUUGAGAUUUGGAGUUUGCGAUUCUGUGGGACUAAGGUGCUAUAGCUGGAGCAGAGUGCUAGUAAAUUUGGGGUUUCUGCCUGUCUUUGGGUAUUCACCUCAGUGGCAGGAGCAAAGCAGCUGGGAGGGGAGUGGGGGAUACCUGUUGGAGACUGCGUGCUGUUGCACUAAAGGUGGUGUUGGCUUGGGGCAGGAUACUAGCCAGUAAAGGUUUUGAUGCCUUCUCUGUGCCCCCCAAGAAGGAGUGAUUGUUCAGAGUGUGGGAGGAUACCCUGUUCUCUGCACAGUGUUAGCACAAAGGCAGGGGUGGAGUUUUCUGGCUCUCUGCCCACCAAAGUUUCAUCUACAAUGGCAGUUGCUGGGGGUGGCGGGGCAUAUUGCAUUCCCAUUUGCUCGUGGGGCAAGCAAAGCCAAACGUGCCUUUGCAGACAUGUGCCAGCAAAGAAAUAUGGGGAGUUGCCAUGGUAUCGCAGGAAGCUGCAGUACGGGGAAGAAAUGUGGGCUGGUGCAGUCAUAGGGGCUGCCUUGCUGGAGCUCUUCAUGAGUCAGGCAUGUCCCUCCAGUGCAGAUGCUCUGGUAUGAGCUUCCAGGGUACCUGAGACUGCCCCGUAAGCAGCUGUGGCCAGACUGGGUCCCUGGGAGAGGCCAGCAGACCAAGGAGUGCUCAGUUGGACCAGCUUCUUCUGAUUUGCAAGACCAUCCUGCAGAAAUUAGGCCCAACAGUUCCCCUAGGGCUAAAGUCUCUUAUGGGAGAAAGUUGAGCCUAGAGAAAUGGCCAUCACUGGCCACACUUUACUGCAGAUGCUCUUGCACCAAACCCUCUGGCCACCACAUGAGCUGGCUUGCUGCCUCAUCUCUUUUCUUGUCUUCUGGGGGCUGCAUCUCAGAGAGCUGUAGGUCAGCAAUUACUCAGUGCAGCCAGCCCAGGAUGGAGGAUCUCUACUUUUGGCUAAGUUAGGAUUUUACUGUCUGGUGAGGAGCAGUGGGUAGUUUGUGGGACCCAUGGACAAUGGGCUGGCUUCCUCUCCUUGAGUAAACUGCAGUUUGAGGUGUGAGUAAGGCACUUAGGGUUUUGGAUUUUUUAUUAGUCUGAGGGUAGGUAGCAAGGACAGUUGUACUGCAGAGGCCCCUGGAUGCUCUGUCCAGGGAGUUGCUAAGUUGCUACUGGCUCAAUAGCUCUGGCAAUGAUUGGCUAGUGGCCUAGGCCUGGCGAACCUGCCUCGUGAGAAUAUAUGAGAACAGGCACUCACGUAACAGUCUGACCACUUCUGAAGGGCUGCUGCAGUAUGCUGGGUGUCCACUGCAGUUUCUACUCACCUCAGAUUUUCCAGUACUGGAAGUUACCACCACUGAAUGCUGCAAAACAGCAACAAUGGCAGCAUGCCCUUUUCUCUGGGAGUGCCAUCCCAGGUAGGUAUAGACCUGUUUCCAGCCCAAAAGCACCUGUAGGAGGUAGCUGGAAGCCCCUGUUGAAGGUCUUACCCAGUGAGGAAAACAUGAUUGGGGACCCACUUAAGAAAGCAGUCUAGCCAUAUUUUUGUAGGACAGCUCUGCUGUUCAGAGGUACCACUUCCACCCCCAGUUUAUUUGGAUUCUCCAAAGCCAGAAGGCUGAAACAGCUAACUCACACAAACAGCAAAAAUGGCAGCUCACUCCUCCCUCUAGGAACUGUAUCCCAAAGGGGUUUCAAAACUCCAUCAACCAAACAGCGCUGGUGGUGGUAGCUGGAGACCCUCAUUGGGAAGCACUUUCCAGUGAGAAGGAAGGAAACGGGGGACCUGCUUUAACAGGCAGUCUGUCCAUGUCUUUUUAGAGCACCUGUACUGUGCUAGGAGAUCCUUUCUGCACCCCGGUCAGCUUGGGCUCUUCAAAGCCUGAAGGCUGGAAUGGCUGAGUUGCCCAAGCAGCAAAGAUGGUGGCCCACUCCUCUUUCUGGUAGCUCCAUCCCAGGGAGGUGCAGUGCUGCUACCAAUGGUUGGCUGGACUCUAAGCCAGUAGGUCUUACCGUGUGAGGCAUUGUUGAAGUGAGUCCCACAGACCAUCACUAUCAGCCCCCUGGAUUCUGCCUCUUUCCUAUGGGUAUGUUCAGGGGUGUAACCUGCUUUGCUCGAGUUGCAGCUACUUUUUCUGGAAAGCCAGUAUCUAAGGCUCUUGAAUCUGCACAGGCCUGAGUGGCUGCUCUGCUGAGACUCCAUGUAGUUCUGUGUGUUAAACUGAAGGCCUUGGUGAAGUGGGUUCAUGAGGGUAUCUCCUCACCUGAAGGUUGCAGAGAUCUGUAGGAGAAUCAUGGGUUUCUAGGGUCACACAUGCACUCACUGCUUUACUGGGUGGGGAGGUUCCCUUGGCUCCAUGUUCUUCCCCAGUGGCCCAUUGUCCUGCCUUGCUUUACUCCAUUCUCCAUAAGUUGUUUCUUUGAUUAUUCUCAAUGCAAGUACCUGGAUGUUUCAGUUGCAGGUGCUGUAUUUAUGUAUACCUUGCAUUACUGUCUAUGAGAACUACACAGUCUAGCUGCUUCUAAUCAGCAAUCUCGGUCACUUUUCUCUAAAAGGAACCUACUUUUUUAUAUUAAAAGGAUUCAGUAUUUUUCAAAAGCAAAUUUUGAUGUAAUUUAACUCUUACAUUUGAUGCUGUGUCUUCAUUUCUAGAAUUUAUGUGAAAGAACAUGGUCAAUGGUUGCUGCACCAGAGUUAUGAGAGGUUCUUCUAUAUUAGAUGGACAGAUUUAUAUACUUUUCCAUGGAAGAUUACAUAAACUGAAAUCUAAGAUACAUGAAGAAAUUCUAAGUGGAAAGGCCACUUAGUAGUUAGUUUACAGCAGUAUCGUAAAUGACAGGAUGAUAGGAGUGUGGUAAGUGAUCAGGAUAAUAAUCUGCUUAGUAAGAGAAACAAUUUGAAUUUUAGAAGGAAAUUGCCUUACCAUUUGCAAAUUAAGGUAAUUAAAAUACAGUGAAUUUCAAAAUGCUUUUUUAAUGGCAAUGUGUGAACUUAAUUUGUUUUAAUAAACCAAAAUUGUUGUUAUUGUGUUAAGGCUAUUUUACAUUGAAUGUGUAUCUUGCCAUUGAUGUUAAUUUAUCCCAUCUUAACCCAAGGUUGUAGGUAACAAUAUACUAUUGGGUGACGGUGGACUAACAUCUCUAGUGAUCCCUUUGUCAGUGGUCUUUAACUUAAAAUAAUUUAGAGAAUAUGGUUUCUACAACUUACAUUUUUGUUUUCUUGUAACUACAGGUUAUUAUGAUGGUUAUAACCAAGAUUAUAAUUGGAGCUAUAUGUUUCUGAAUUCUGAACAACUAUUUACAAAAUUUUAUCCUACUUUUUUUCUGUUGAACAUAUGACUUCUCUGGUCUGCUAAACAUACAGACCUUUAGUUUUGGUUUACAUGGAUUUAAAUGUAUAGAUAUAUAACUGUAAAAUAAACUUUAGAUGUAACAGAUUUAUAGAGAAAGUAAUCUUAUGUGUUUAUGGUUGUGUACCUACUUUGAGAAGAAAAGAAAAAUAUUAGAAUGAAACAUAAUUUUACAAGUGUUGAUCACUUACCAGCAAACCAGAAACUUCAAAGAUUUUGAAAGCAAAUCUGUUUCCUCUGCUGUGUAUUAAAUUGAUUUAUCUAAAAUGUUAUUGCUCCUGGCUUAGAAUCAUCUUGUGCAAAUUCUCUUUUUUUGUUGUUUGUCUGUUUGUCUGUUGCUCACCAUAGACAUAAUAUGUAAUUUUCAUCUAAUUUCAUAAAACAUUCUUUGUAUAAUCCCCUCAGAGAUUAUAAAAGUGACUUUGAUAAAAUUUAAUGGUGUUCACAAAAUAAUUUUCAUGUGAGUAAUUUCAUAGUGCGUGUAUUGUAUGUUAUUUAGUAUAUUUUAUAUUUUGUUUCAAUUAGAGAAUGCUAUUCCAAUUUUUAUUGUUCAUUUUACUUUAUAAAAUUGACAUAAUUGAGUUUAUUAAAUUUAUUGGGCCAAUUUAAGUAAA